AUGGGAAGUGGGGCUACAAAAGAGAAACCUAAUAGUCUUAAUUAGAUUGAACAAAAUUAAUCAUCAUUAACUUGUAAUAUUUUUUUUUUAUUUUUUAAGAAAUUGGGUAAAAUGAUGGUUCUCCUCAAAUAUUUACUUUAAAAAAUAACCCUCAGUUAAGCAAAGGUAUUUUAAAUAUUUUACAAUUAGCCUUUAAUCUGCUGAAGAAAUAACAAUUUUAAGAAGCGAUUAUCAUUCUGGAUAUUUUAAUAGAGAAAAAUCCAAACUUAGCUGAUGCCUAGUACUUAAAAGGUUUUUCAUUUUUAUUUAAACUUAGGUUUGGCUUAUCUAGGCCUAAAUGACUUAUAAAAUGCCCUUUGUUAUUGUAAAGUUGCUACAGAUAUUGAUAAAAAACACACUAAUGCUCUAGCAGAGAUAGGUAACGUUAAUAAUAAUAAAAUAUUAGGAAACAUUUAUACUUUAGAGAGAAAGUAUGAGGAAGCUUUGGUUAUAUUUCAUUAAUUGAUUGAGUUGAAUGAAAAAUCAUUUGAAGGAAAUUUUGGGAUCGGAUUUAUAAAUUUGUUAUUAAAUAAUUUAGAAAUUGCUGAACCAUAUUUCAAAAAUGCUCUGAAGAUUAAAUCUAAAGACAAAGCAGCUCUUUUGAACUAUGGUAAAUAUUUAAUUUAAGAAUAGGUCAUCUACUAAUAAAACAGCAAAAGUAUGAUGAAAGUCUUUAAUAUUAUGAACAGGCAUUGAAAGAAGAUCCAAAAUAUUCUGAUGCAAUAAAUGCUAUUACUAAUGUCUAUUUACGUCAAAAGAAAUAUGAUUAACUUUUUGAAUUUUUAGAUAAUUUAGGAGACUAAAAAAUAUCAAAAGUCAAAUCAGUUAUCUUAAAUUGUAAAAGUAAAUUAGAAAUUUAUGAUUUUUAGGUUAAGCUUAUUAUGGUUUAAAAUAGUAUGAUAAUUCAAUGAAACUUUGUGAAGAAGUGUUAGAAUAUGAUCCAAAUAAUUAUGAUUCUCUUUAUGGAAUGGGUAUGUGUCUUUAUCAUUAAAAUCAAUUACACAAAGCUAUGACUUAUUUCAAUUAGAUUAUUCAUAACAAUCCUUUAGAUUUAAAAACAUUAAAGAUAAUAACAAAGAUUAGUUCAACUUUAUAACUUUAUUAUUAAUUGAGUGAUUGUUGUGAUAAGAUUAUUCAAUUAGGUUUUGGAGAUUAAUCAAUUUAUUACUAUAGAGGAUUGGCUUUUAUGAAUUAAAAACAAUAUUAAAAUGCAAUUGAUGACUUUGAUAAAAGUUUAAGUUAUGAUUAAAAUAAUAUAAUAGCUCUUAAAAACAAAGGUAUUAUAAAUUAAUUAAGUAAUAGCCAUUUGUUUAACUCAAAUUAAAGACUUUGAUUAAGCUGUAUUAUGUUAUGAUAUAAUUUUAAAAUAAUCAAAAGAUGUUUAAUAAAAAUAAGAUUUAUAUUAUGAAAAAGGUAUCAAAUAUAAUUUAAACAAUAGGCUAUUGUCACUUAUUAGGAUAACAAUUCUUUUCUGCCAAAACUAAUUUUGAUUCUGCUUUAUAAUUAAAGCCAAAAAAUGAUAAUUUAAUUUUAAAAAUUGCUAAUGCAUAUAGAGAUAAUAAUAAUAUAUAACCUGCUACAAAUAUGUAUGAUCGACUGAUUAAAAUGAAACCAGAUAAUCCAUUAUAUUAUGCAGAAAAAGCAUAAUUAUUAGAUUAGUUAGGUAAUUAAAAGGAAGCAAAAUUAUUAUAUGACAAAGCAAUAUCAUUAUAAAAUGAUAAUCCUAAAUUUUAUAUAUAAAGAGGUAUAUGAUAAUUCUUAUUUAAUAGCAAAAAUCUAAAUAUAGAUUUAAGAAUUUGAUGAAGCCAUUGAAGAUUUAUAAUAGGCUAUAAAAUUAAAUGACUAAGAUUCUGAAAUAUUUUUUGAACUUGGAUAAUUGUUUUAUGGAAAAUAGAAUUUCGAAUAAUGUAUAGUUUAACUUUAAAAGGCAAUUGAUAUAAAUGAUAAUGUUGAGAAAUAUCAUUUGAAAUAUGCAUAAGCAUUAUAAAUGUAAGAUUUCGAUUAAGAAGCAAUUGAAUAUCUUCAAAGUAUUAUUGUUAAACAUGCUGAUUUUGAUAAUUGUAAGAAUCUUUUGGAAAAUUCAAAUGUAAAUUCUUUUUCUUCAAGAGAAUACACUAAUGUUUUUGCUUACUUUAUGAUUUCAAUGUUUUCUGAAGGAAUGGUUGAUGAAAAUCGUUCAAUUGAUGUAGUAAGAGAAGAAUCUUUGAGAUUUAUAUAAGAAAAAUUGAAGAGUGAAUUUCCUAAAAUACCAAAUAUUUUUGAAAUAAUAACAAAUUUGAUGACAUAAAAAUAUGAUUACAAUUUAAUUAAAAACAAGAAGGAAAUCAAAAGAAUAUUAGCAAUAUUAUAUAAAAAUAAAUUUGAAUAAUAAUAAUAAUGUAUUAUGGAUUUUAUUGAAUCAGGGAGAAGAAUCACUAAAUUAAAAGAGAAUGAUUUAAAAAAUGAUGAUUAAAACAUAAAUAAUUAAUUAUAAGAGAUAUUCUUGUAAUAAUGUUCAGAGUUUCAAUUAGGAUAGUUUUAAAGCAAAGCAUCAGCAUUAGCAAUUUCAGAUUCAGUGGCAUUAAUAACUGGCAUAUUAUUAAGUUACAAUAAAUUAGUUUAAACAAAACAACCAUUUAAAAAUUAGAUUUAUGAUUUAAUAAAGAAUGGAAGUUUGAGUAAACUGAAAUAAAAAUGA